AGUCACUCGGCAGCAACGGAUAAGCAGACUCGCUUCCCGCCGGUGAACAUGUCAGACAAAAAGCAAACCGUUGACCUGGGUUUACUGGAGGAGGACGAUGAGUUUGAAGAAUUCCCAGCUGAAGAUUGGACGGGUCUGGAUGAGGAUGAAGAUGCACAUGUUUGGGAAGACAACUGGGAUGAUGACAAUGUGGAGGAUGACUUCUCAAACCAGUUAAGAGCGGAGCUAGAAAAACACGGCUACAAGAUGGAGACGUCGUAGUCGUCGACAAGUUCUUCAAGUUUUGGGACACCUUUUGGAUAACACGGACAUUUCUAUGUGAAUAUUACAGGUUGACCAGAAAAGGGAGGAGGAAAGGAGACCUUUCAUGUGUUCAUUUGUUUGUUUUUCGUAAGAGUUGCUGAUGGAAGUAAAAUGUUUAGAGACAA